AUGGGGAUAUUCUCACCCUGUGAGUUUUAUGGCCCAAGUAACGAGGGAGUGGACUGUCGUAUGAACAAAAAUGAUGAAGAAUUUUAUUUGGUGGGACUGAUUGAUACUUCAGUAUGUCCACCUCAAGUGAACUUCAGCAUCAAUGUUCCCCUGGUUUGGGAGUAUACCUAUGUGUUUGGCAGUCAGCAAGAACCAGUAGUUAUUGAGGGUCUGAAUAUGAUAUUCAAGUGUGAGAAUCAAUCUGAUACUGAUUGUCCCUUUCAACAGAAAAAGAAAGUCCAGACCCUCUUGAGUGUGUUGCAAGAAGAAUUCUACCUUCCAAAAUUCCAGAGUAUUGAAGAUUUGAAAGAGCAAUUGUUGAGUCUUGUGAUAUUAUCCCUGUUCAUGGUGGCACUGGUCACAGGCCUUCUGAUCUACAUUUAUUGCCAAAGACGUAGGAAGGCCAGCGACAUGGCCUCACUGGCUGCAUCGUUCUCCACCACUGCCCCCUCCAUCAAUGGAGCUGUGCCUUAUCAGGAAAGUCUUGGUGCAAUUUAG